GGCAUGGGGGGUCGCUGCUGACACCGGGCUCCGAAACAUCCAGCACAGGAGCCAUGGAGCGUCCCUGGGCUGCUGCUGGCGGCUUCCUGCCUCUCCUGCUGCUGCUGGAGCUGGUCUGUCCGGGUCAGGGCAAUCGCCUGCCCUACUUCACCAACUACUUCUUUGACACCUACCUGCUGAUCAACGAGGACACGCCCGUGGGUUCCUCAGUGACUCAGCUGCUGGCCCGGGACCUGGACAAUGACCCGCUGGUUUUUGGGGUGGUUGGGGAGGAGGCCAGUCGCUUCUUCGCCGUGGAGAGCCUCACCGGCGUCGUGUGGCUCAGGCAGCCCCUGGACAGAGAGACCAAGUCGGAGUUCACGGUUGAGUUUUCUGUCAGUGACAGCCAAGGGGUGAUCAAAGGGACGGUCAACAUCCAGGUUGGUGACGUGAACGACAACGCCCCGACGUUCCACAAUCAGCCCUACAGUGUCCGCAUCCCCGAG